ACAGCACGCGACGGUGGCGCCUCCUGGUGGUGAGAGGCGGUCGGUGCCGGGGAGGACGGGCCGGUAGUGGGAGAGGUCAUUGUUGUGUUUACGUCGGGACCAGACGACCGGGCUGCGGCUUCGCCCGGCGAGCAGAAGGCAGGUCCCGCUUGAAGCAGCAUGAACGGGCCUUUCGUGCCGCCGACCCGCUCAUAACGCUGAUGAAAAUGCCCCAUGUGAGCUGCUCGGCGCUAGAAGAUGGCGGAGUCGGACGGUGGCGACUUUGCUCCGAAACACCCGCAGAGCAGCAUGGCUAACAAGAACAGCACCCUGCGCUGUUCCUUCUCCGCUCCCAGCCACAGUGCCACUCUCCUCCAGGGUUUGUCAGUGUUACGGGCUCAGGGCCAGUUGCUUGACGUUGUGCUGUCCAUCAAUGAGGAGCGCUUCCAGGUCCACAGAGCAGUGCUGGCCGCCUGUAGCGAUUAUUUCAGGGCAAUGUUUACUGGCGGUAUGAGGGAGUCAAAUCAGGAUACCAUUGAACUGAAGGGUUUGUCUGCCCGCGGGCUCAAACACAUUAUCGACUUUGCCUACAGUGCAGAAGUCACUUUAGACCUGGACUGUAUUCAGGAUGUGCUUGGUGCCGCUGUUUUUCUUCAGAUGGUUCCAGUUGUGGACCUCUGCGAGGAAUUCCUUAAGUCCGCUAUGAGUGUGGAGACCUGCCUGCACAUUGGCCAGAUGGCCACCACCUUUAGUCUGUCUUCCCUCAAGGAGUCAGUGGAUGCCUUCACCUUCCGUCAUUUCCUCCAGAUCGCCGAGGAGGACGACUUUUUACACAUUCCCAUGGAGCGCCUCGUCUUCUUCCUGCAGAGCAACAAGCUGAAGAACUGUAGCGAGAUCGACCUCUUCCACGCUGCCAUCAAGUGGCUCCAGCAUGACAAGUCUCGCCGUGCUCAGGCCAGCAGCGUCCUCUGCCAUGUGCGCUUCCCGCUCAUGCGCUCCUCAGAGCUGGUGGACAGCGUUCAGACAGUGGACAUCAUGGUGGAGGACGUGCUGUGCCGCCAGUAUCUCCUUGAGGCCUUCAAUUACCAGAUCCUUCCAUUCCGACAGCAUGAGAUGCAGUCCUUGCGGACGCUCAUCCGCUCUGAUGUCAUUUCCCUCAUCACUUUUGGUGGUACACCCUACACUGACAACGACCGCACGGUGAGCACCAAGGUGUACUGUCUGCCUGACGUCGCCUCGCGCCAGUUCAAGGAGCUGACGGAGAUGGAGGCGGGAUGUAGCCACGCCUGCAUCGCUGUCCUUGAUAACUUUGUGUAUGUCGUGGGUGGGCAACACUUGCAGUACCGCAGCGGCGAGGGCGCGGUUGACACCUGCUUCCGCUACGACCCGCACCUCAGCCAGUGGCUGCGAAUUCAACCGCUGCAGGAGUCUCGCAUCCAGUUCCAGCUCAACGUGCUUCGUGGGCAGUUGUACGCCACCGGAGGGCGCAAUCGAUCUGGCAGUUUGUCGUCUGUGGAGUGUUACUGCCCAAAGAAGAAUGAGUGGACCUAUGUGGAACCACUAAAACGCAGGAUUUGGGGUCACGCAGGGACUCCCUGUGGAGAAAGGUUAUACAUCUCAGGCGGUUACGGCGUGUCUCUGGAUGACAAAAAAACCCUCCACUGUUAUGAUCCAGUAUCGGACCAGUGGGAGUUCAGAGCUCCCAUGAAUGAGCCCAGAGUGCUGCACGCCAUGAUAAGCACCAGGAACCGGGUUUAUGCUCUGGGCGGCCGCAUGGACCACGUGGACCGUUGUUUCGAUGUGCUGGCAGUUGAGUAUUACAUUCCAGAGAAUGACCAGUGGACCACAGUCAGUCCCAUGAGAGCGGGCCAGUCUGAGGCGGGCUGCUGCUUACUGGACAGGAAGAUCUACAUUGUUGGGGGCUACAACUGGCACCUGAACAACGUCACAAGCAUCGUGCAGGUCUACAACACAGAGGCUGAUGAGUGGGAGAGGGAUUUACACUUUCCAGAGUCUUUCGCUGGCAUCGCCUGCACGCCGAUUAUACUUCCACAGAACGCCACACAACGCUAACCGAAUUGUCACUGUGAAGAUUUUAUUCUUUCUGAUCACCGAGUUAACAAAAGGUGUGAACUUUAUAUAAGCUUCUGUUGAGUGCAUGUAUGUCCUUAAUUGAAGGGAACUGUUUUUAUGCUGACAUUUUUAAGAUUGUUGAAACAAACAAGUUUGUGUUUCAUGGGGUUUAUUGACAAUCAGUAUACUUUAUUUCACUUGACAAGACUUUAUCAAGACGAUGAUUAGUUAUGGUUCAGUAACAAAAUCAUAGUUGUAUAUGGAGCCACCCCUUGUAGGAGGAGUCGUGGGGACCGGUGCUUCGUAGAUCAAGCAGCAGUGAAAGAGAGAGUGAAGUCUGGGGCUCUUUGCUUACACUGCUGCCCCCACAACCCAGCCCAGAUAAUAUGGAUAAAAAUGGAUGAAUGGCAUUCACAUAUAAUUUAGAAGCUGAGCUUUAUACAGUGUUGGACAUUUUGAUUGUACAGCUGUGAUAGUUACCUUUUAACAUUCAGAAAGAUCUUACUGUUUUUAUCAUUUCACCUCAAAUCUCUACACAAACCACAUAAUAAUGCACAAUGAUGAUUGCACAAGUGAAUGAGUAUUCAUGAUUCCACAAUAUGGCAUCUGUGGGUUUGUUUUAUUGCUAUUGCAACUAACAUGUCUGAGCUGAAUCCCCCACAGACACACUAGGCGUUUGCUAAGUGAACAUAACAAACCAGGGUGAACAUCCUGUGGCAGCUACAUUAAGCAAUUAUGUGUGUUCAUAUUCGAAUGUGUGUUCAGCUUUGUGUUAAAGAAGUGCUACAUUUUGCAUACAGCACUUUCACUCUUAAGCUUAAUAUGAUAACACUUACAAAUGAUCAUUUCUUUUGUCUGUGUUACUGUCAUAUACAUUUAUACUGUAUAUUGAGAACAUAUUAGAUCUUUUCAUUUAUCCUGGCCGAUACAUGCUUGAGUCUGUUUCCUUCUUCUUUUUUUUGACAAAAAUUCUGCACUUUUUAAAGCAGUGUUUCUCACAUGUCUGAUUCUGCUGCUAAUGUUACCAGUGUAUUGUGUGUAUAAAGUAGAAGCAAGCUUAAUGGUCUAAUUUCCUUUUUAUUGUGAUCAUCUAUUAUGUUGAGGAGUGUCCAUCUAAAAACUGCCUUAGACUGUUUUAGUCAUGUUUUACCUGUACUAGUAAAAGCACAUUUUAUUGUUGGAAGUGCAAUAUUAAUCAAACCACUGUAGUUGAAGGAGAAUGUAGACAUUCGUGUAGCUUUAUGUGCAUCCUUGAUUAAAGGUGUAACAUAAUUUAAGAAAAAUUA